GGGCGGGCUGGUAGGGGCAAUUAUAAUAGCUUAAUUUCAGAUUUCAGGGGUACGACUAGGAUGGGAAGCGCACCGGCGCAAAUUCCGACUAGCUUUGGCCAUGAACUGAGGGCUUGUCUCCGUUGCCGCCUCGUCAAAACCUACGAUCAGAUCGGGAAUUACAUCCGUUUUAUUUGCUUUUUUAACGUUAAACAAGGGGAUACGUUUCUGUUCCAGUUCAGAGAGUCCGGGUGCGAGAAUUGCCCCUUCUUUAAGAUGGAUGAAGAUCAUGAGCGUGUCGUAGAUUGCACCACUCCUAACUUCAAUGGGAUAAUUUCUGUCAUGGAUCCCAGUAGAAGCUGGGCCGCUCGCUGGUUGAGAAUCGGAAGAUUUGUUCCCGGUUGUUACACUCUUGCUGUCUCUGAGGCACUGCCAGAGGACUUGCAGAAUCUAUGUGAAGAUGAACGAGUACAAUACAUUCCGCCAAAACGUGUAUAAAUUGACCAGUUGCAUAGUCUUGUCCAUCAUGUUAAGGUUUCAAGUUGAAGUUGAAUGUGUGCAACUUUGUGAGACAUGGUUGUCUAAAGUGAAUGUCCAUUAGGUAUUAUGCACAACUAUCGCGGUCACGCGGUGUACUUGUAUGAAGAUCCUAAAUGCGUCUGGUACUGAUAUUGAAGCUUGGUUUGUGACUGGACGUUUA